AUGGCUACCUCCGAACUUGCUGUCUCCUACGCUGCCCUCAUCUUGGCAGAUGAGCAGAUCGAUAUCACUGCCGAUAAACUCAACACCCUUCUGAAGGCUGCCGGCGUCGAAGUUGAGCCAAUAUGGACUUCCCUGUUUUCAAAGGCUCUAGAAGGCAAAGACGUUAAGGAUCUAUUAUUAAAUGUCGGCUCGGGUGGUGGUGCCGCUGUUGCCUCUGGUGCUACACCGGCUGCUGGCGGUGCAGCAGCAGCAGAGGAAGCCAAGGAAGAGGAGAAAGAAGAAGAAAAGGAGGAAUCGGAUGACGACAUGGGAUUUGGACUUUUCGACUAA